GUUGCAGGUGGAUUUGUUUAUUUACAGUUUGCUAUUUUACACCAGUUUAUUGGCAGUGGAUCGAGUAUUUGAUGUAGAUGGAAGUGAUGGAUGGGAAUAGAGCUAAGAGUACUGGGAAUGUACUCAUUGAGAGCAGCAUUACUGACAUGACGGAAACUUUUCAACGCGAUAAUUUGUAUUCCGCUAAUGUAGUAAACGCUAAUGGUUGUAAUGAAAAUGCUGUAAAUGAACAGAACAUGUCGGUUUCGGAAAGUGGAAACGCUGCGAAUUCUGUCGGCAAAAUAGUGAAUGUUGGAAAGGAUGGCAAUGCAUCAAUGGACAACAUGACAGACGGUCAUGUUGACGAAAAACUUCGUCGCGCGAUAGAUAUCGUUGUAGGAUACAGCAGAGUGAGCGAUGAAACAAAGGAACGACUGAAGAGUGCAGUGACAGACGUGCACUGCAGGACGAUGUCUGAGCAGGAGGCUUGCCGGUACUAUAAGCUUGCUGUUUCAUACUUUCGAACCUAUUACAAUAUGGUUGAAAAGUUGUUGAAUCGAGCCAAUUUAAUCAAAGAAAAUAAUCGAAGUAUUAUUUCGGCAGAGGAAGAAAGUGGAAUUGAAACAGAAGUGAAAAAUGAAGGAGCAGAGGUGUCAAGUCAAACAAGCAAUGAUGAGAGCAAUGCAACUGAUGAUAAUCAGACGAAAGAUGGAAAGAAAACGCGAAAAAUCAAGAAAGUACGGAGGAAUUUUAUCCGAGGUAUUUCGGAGAUUGAUAAGAAGCACAUCGAUAAAUGUAUUCAUAUCUAUUGUGGAACCUCUGUCAGACACUCGACAAAAGCGGAUGCUAUACGUAAAGCUGUUGGCAUGGUGUUGCAUGAAGGAUCCACGGGGGUUGACGCAGCGAGAGCUACCAAUUUAACACCCCGAACAGUCAUGAAACACGUCUGCAUUGUGCGAGAUGCUUUGAACUUAGCUCAUUCUCGAAAAACCAAGCAACAUACAGCCCACAAAGGUGGAGAUGAAAUUAUGGAAGAGAAUUUUUCAGAAGAAGUAACUGAUGACGAUCGUGAAAUGGCAAAAAUGUUAAUCAAUGAGAACUUUGGAUGUGUUGAAGCUACAGAUUUUUCGGGGACUGGUUUGGAAUUGGAAUCAAAAACUGAUAAGAUAUUACGAGAAUUCAGCUGCAGUGGUGACGUCGAAAAAAUCCGUGAAGCAGUUCUAAAAAUUUUCACGGAACAAAAAUCAUCAAAAAUGUAUAAAGCAGAACUGCCUGAAACGAUUGUCAAUUCAUAUGUUCGCUUACUUAAGGGAUUUUUGUGGGCAGAAAAUACGAUGAAAAAGGCAAAGGGCACAGCAGUUGCUUUACCCCAUCUUGGGAAAAGAAGGCUAUGGAAUGAUGGAGAGUGCGAUGAUGUUAAAAGCAUUGAACUUGCAAAGUCAUCUGGAUCAGAUGAAAUUUUCUCUGCAAAGAAAAAACGUAAGUCAGUCAGUGUUAUGCCUCGAGGAGUGUUUAUUGGGAAGAUUGAUGUGCUGACGCUUCAUGUGGAAAAUGGUGUUGAAAACGAGGAACAGCUUAUUAAGAGUGUGAUUUCAUAUCUUAUCAGUCAGCAGUACCGUCGUUCAGAAACGGCACAAACGAAUAUGCAAAUUUGCUUAGAACAUGUCCUUCUUGAUGGGCUCUCCGUUGGAGAAACAUUGAAGAUUCAUGAUGGACCAAACGAAGGCAUAUUGGAGAUAUAUCACAAACGAUGCCGUGAUGCAUUUACCGCUCUGACGGUUGACUUUCCCGCGUUCGUGGCUGCACUUAAUUUGUUGAAUGAAGAUGGGAAGAAUAGGUCUGGAAAGAAACGCUCAUCCAUAUCAAAUGUAAAAGUGGAGGCGGUAAAAACGAUCGAUGCCAGCGAUGAGAGCAAUGUUGAUAUUUUGAAAUUCGAUACUGUUGAGAAGCUAUUUAUUUCAAUUCCAGAAAAAGGAAAGGCACUACUGCAUGAUUACGUAAUGAAGCUUUUGGAUAUCAAUUUUCCACUUGAAAAACGUUUGAUUAGUGGUCUUUUGCAAAUGAUAGGUGAAAAGAUGGCUAUGAAAUAUGUGUUAGAUGACAAGCUACUGGAAGACUGUGUUGCAUAUUUCUAUGGAAAACGCAAUAGCGUUGUUGCGUAAAUUAAUAUUUUUGUUUCAGAA